AUGAAAUCGACGACUCUCUGUGAAAAAGAAGGAUCCCAACAUGAUUUAGAGAUAGAAGAGAUUUCUGAGAAGGAGGUUAUUGUCCUCGAUGAUUCACAACCUAAGCCAAGUAUCAGUCCUAAACCCAGUCUGGAGAAAAGUUCUGCUCCAUCAACCAACUUGGAACCACAAUCUAAUCAGAACCCAGAUCUACCAAACCUAGAUUCUAAAAUUCCUGUGAAAAGUAAGAUAAAGAAGAAGAAACCAACAGAAAACUGGAUUGUACAGACGACAGGGACAACCUUAAGCAUCGCUAAGCAAAAAUCGGAUGCUCCCAACCCGGAUGAUGAUGAUGAUUUUGUAUCCGGUGGAAAGGAUGCAAGAUCAGGAAAAACGGAAAAGAAGCCGGAUACUGAAGAAUCCGGAAAAGCUUUCAAAGAACAUGAAUCCGACGUAUCCGCCGGUUCUGGAAUAAAGAACAGAAAUGAUCUUGUUCUAGUAGAGAAAGUUGACUCUGAACCUGAAUCCCCUGUGAAAACCAAGAGGAAGAAAAAAGCGCGAGUUUUGGAUUCUGAUUCAGAUUCGGAAUACGUAGUGGAUACUUCGGAGAAACCGGCAAGAAUGAAGGAGAAAGUCAACAAAAGAGGUCUUAACCCUGUAGAAGAACUUGAAGAAAUUGAGGAUAAAAGAAUGGAAGAACCUGAAGAUGAUAAAAAAGAUGAUAGUGACUUGGAAUACUCACCAAAGAAGAAAACAAGAAAAGAAAGAAAAUCCCCGAAAGACAAAAAUGUAAGAAAGGGUAAAGAGAAUGCCAAGAACAAGGAAGAAGUUCCUAACAAAUUAGAAGACGAAAAGGAGGAAGAAGAAGAUGAAGAAAGUGACGAGGAAUACUCUCCGAAGAAGAAGACGAGAAAAACUAUGAAAUCCCCGCCAAAUAAACGUAAGCCCGGAGGUUUAACAAAUCCUGUAUCUGCUCCUCCCUGUCUAAGACCUAACACGGAGCUUCCAAAACCGUUCAGCAAACCUAACUCCAAUACUGCCAACCCUCUCUCUAUCCACAAUGGAAAGAUGAAAGAGAAUGAGUCACUAACUCCCGGCUCGGAUUUUACUAAAAUAUCUGUCACUUCUCAACCUUCUUCCAAACCUUCCUCCUACACUCCUCUCCAGUCUGUAGUUAAGAAGAUUCCAGCUUGGACCCCUCCCGCUCGUGUUACUGGUUCAGGUCGAACACCAGGAGGAAAAGGAGGAUGUUCAUUAAACCUUUCUCCAGGAUCAUCACCAGCUAUAGGCCUUCGGCUUGGUCUCUCCAGAAACAUCAGAGUAUCGAAGCCACUUCAUUCCAAUGUCAAGAAAAUAGAUUAGAAAAUUAAAUAAAGAAUAUUUUUAUGUAUUGUAA